AUGGCCCAGAAUCCUCUCCUCUUCGUCCUCCUCCUCUUCACGGUCUUCCCAGGUUUGGGCUGUCAGCCCAUGCUGAUUCAGGUGCCCUCGGUGGCGGCGGCCAGGGGAGCCACGGUCCAGCUGGUCUGCACCCUGAGCGGCGUGUCCGGCGACCACCCCGUCCAGUGGUUCCAGCAGCGGGAGGGGAAGGCCCCGCGGUUUGUGCUGCACAUCCCGGGCCACGGGGGCCGCGGCUCGCGGGGGGACGGCAUCCCCGACCGCUUCGGAGGCUCCGCCUCUGGCCACCACCGCUACCUGACCAUCCGAGACGUCCAGCCGGAGGACGAGGCCGACUACUACUGCGGGAUGGCACACGACGGGGCGGCGUCCUUUGGCGGUGGCACCCAGCUCACCGUCCUCAGGCAGCCCAAGACGUCUCCCACCGUGACCGUCUUUGCCCCGUCCGCCGCGGAGCUGUACACUGACAGGGCCACCCUGGUGUGCCUGAUGGGCGGCUUUUACCCGGGCUUCCUGUCGGUGGCCUGGAAGGCGGACGGCGUGGCUGUGUCCGAGGGGGUGGAGACCUCGGCCCCCGCCCGGCGGAGGGACGGCAGCUACGUGGCCAGCAGUUUCCUGGCCCUGAGCCCGGCCCAGUGGAGGGAGCGGGGCAGCUACACCUGCCAGGUCACCCACGACGGGAAAGUCUUCGAGAAAUCCGUGUCCCCGACCGAGUGCGCUUAGCGCCCUCGGCCCCCUCCUGUCUCCCCAGAUUCUUCCCUUCUCCAUCCACCUCCGCUCACCGGGGAGCUGCCUCCCCCUCGCUCCGGCCUCCCGCCUCGGACCCCCACAAAUCCCCCAACAAUAAAAGAU